CAUUCCGAACUCUCUUCAGUUUGGUUCUCUUGUCUCUGUUGAUAAAGUUCCCAAUUUAUCAGUGAAAAAUGAACCUAUUCUUGGUUAUCUGCCAGGGAGUAAAGAGCUCAAGGAAUUGGAAAGUGCCUUGAAAGAGACAGCCUCUAAUGUGGAGGACGUGCCAAUCGUCAUUGGGGAUGAAGAAAUUAGAACUAAGAAUGUUAAAUACCAAGUGAUGCCCCAUAACCACUCUAAGAAAAUAGCUCAGUACUAUUAUGCUACACCAGAUCUGGUGAAGAAAGCUAUCAGCACUGCCACUGAGGCACAGAAAAAGUGGGACCGUGUACCAAUGUCUGAGCGUAUAAAUAUGUGGAUGAAGGCAGCUGACCUGAUGGCCACCAAGUAUCGGGCUCAACUCAACGCGACUACCAUGUUAGGACAAGCUAAAGUAGUCAUUCAGGCUGAAAUUGAUUCAGCCUGUGAACUUAUUGACUUUGUAAGGUUCAAUGCUCAUUUUGCUAACGAAUUAGCAGACUAUUCUCCCAUUAGUCCCAACCCAAAGGAAGGGAAAAAUUCACUGAGGUACCGUGGUAUUGAUGGGUUCAUUGCUGCAGUUUCACCUUUCAACUUCACUGCCAUUGGUGGAAAUUUGGCUUACACUCCUGCUCUCAUGGGUAACGGAGUAUUGUGGAAGCCAUCAGACACAGCUCUCCUAUCCAAUUACACAAUUUUUAAAAUUAUGCGAGAGGUUGGUGUUCCUGCUGGCGUUGUCAACUUUGUACCAGCUCUUGGACCAGAUUUUGGAGAUACUAUCACAAACUCUAAGCACUUAGCUGGCAUUAAUUUUACAGGUUCAGUUCCUACUUUUAAUCGUCUUUGGAGACAAGUUGGAGAAAGGUUGAACAGUUACCGGAAUUUCCCCCGGCUUAUUGGAGAGUGUGGUGGAAAAAAUUACCAUUUCGUUCACUCCAGUGCUGAUGUCACAUCUGUUGUGAAUGGUACAAUCCGAUCAGCCUUUGAAUAUUCUGGUCAAAAGUGCUCUGCAUGCUCCAGGGCAUAUGUGCCAAAGUCUCUCUGGCCCAAGAUUAAAGAGGGACUUAUUUCAGUAAGAGAUCAACUUGUUAUUGGUGAUGUAACUGAUGUCAAGUCUUUUACCUCUGCUGUGAUUGACAAGGCUGCCUUUGAUCGUAUCAAGAGUUACAUUGAUUAUGCACGCAGCAGCAAUAAACAUGAAAUUAUUGGUGGAGGUCAAUAUGACGAUAGUCAAGGAUACUUUGUGCAGCCUACUAUCAUUGUGUGCAGUGACCCAACAGACAAAAUUAUGAAAGAGGAGAUUUUUGGACCAGUUUUGUCUAUUUAUGUUUAUGAAGACAAGGAUGCAGAGUCAGUCAUGGAAACUUUGAGCACUGUCAGUCCAUAUGCUCUUACUGGAGCAGUUUUUGCUCAGGAUGAAAAGUUUGCAAGAAGUGCCAUUGAGAAGUUGAAAAUGACUGCAGGAAACUUUUAUGUCAACGAUAAGUCAACUGGUUCUGUCGUCGGCCAGCAGCCUUUUGGAGGUGCCAGAAUGUCAGGUACCAAUGACAAAGCUGGUGGGCCCCAUUAUGUCCUUCGCUGGGCCAAUCCUCAGUCAGUCAAGGAAACUUUUGUACCUCUAACUGAUGUGACCUACCCAUACAUGCAAGGGUAAAGAGAAAUGUUUCAGUGUUAUUAAUCUGUGAUAGGAGGAAGAAAAACAUGUUUUAGAGGGCAAUGUUAACAUUCUUAUUUUCUUUUUUUGCAAUGUAGACUUUCCACCCUAUUGGUAUGUGUGUCUUGUGGUCUUUAUUGUUUUGUACUUGUGUUUCCUUGUUUCAUAUCACCCAUUGAACAGCAAUGUCUUUUAAAGUGAUCACUAUCUCUGUGAAUUUUACUUUUAGUGGAUUGAAAGUUCAGCAGCAGAAAGGUUUAUUUUAUCUGAACACUACUGGUCUCUCCAGAUCCUAAGCUUUCUGAAAGACAAAGUUUUCUUAUGCAUUCUUGCAUAAAGUAUUAACCAUAGUGUGGGAGGAUUAUCUUAUUUUUGUAAUUUGCCGCUUAAUAAGGUAUCUUUGGUUACAUUGAUUCCCCUUUAGGGUUGCAUAAGCAUAACUGACCUAGCAUAUGCAUCAAAACUUGGCUAAUUCAAAAUCUGAUUUACUAAUUCAUUACAUAGUGUAUUUAAAACAAAUGCCCAGUUUAGGUGAUUAUAUGUCUUCUUUGCCUUGACUUUGCGUACUGCUGUUUUGAACAACACUUAGUCACCCUAGUCAAACUAAGUUAAUGAAAUGGUUCUUCUGCAAGCAAUAUUUGCCAAAGAUUUAUUGUGCUGUCCCUUUUGUGUUUUAUCCUUAAGUUUACUUUUCUUUUGGGCAAAGUCUUUUCUGAAAUGAUGGGUAGUUUGGUAUUUCUGUAUGUAUUUGUUUUAACUGAAAUCAAACCUAUGCCUGAUUAUUAUCUUCAAAAGAUCAACUUAUUUUUCCAGUUUUGAAUACUGACACGUGUAAUACUUCCUGUACAGUGGAUGUUGUUCAUUGGGCAAAUGUUCGAGUUUGAACUUCAUAAAACUGUAAUUUUUGAUAAAGUCCCAUUUUAAGUGCUGUGCUAUGGAAAGAUUAUCAAAAUCAGUGUUUCUCUUUCUCUGUUUUUAAUUUUCUAUGAUUUGGUAGAAUGACCUACCCGCCUUUUUCAUUUUAAGAAUGCGAACAAGAUAGAAAUUGUGCUGUUACAUUUUGUUGAAUGUUGGGGAUUGGAUUAAUUAUGUUCGUUGUGAUGUUACUGCCUCUGUCUUUUGCUCUCUUGAUAUGGCUUGUCUACUUUAUAUUUAUGGAACAGGUUUGGAAGAUUUUCUUAUCAUGAAAAGUUGAGUACUAUUAAGUAAAGUAAAUAUUUAGCAAAAACUGAGAAAGACGUGCUGGGCAAUGUUUGUAUAUGAGACCAUCUUUGUACAUUGUAUGUACAUAACUUUGUUCUAUAUGACCUUUGGAAAAGGCUUACUGAGACUGUUCACUAAAAUACAAACUGGUAUGUUUUGAUUGUCCUCUUGGAUCAAUAUUUUUUAAUCAAGUUCAGUUUUUUGCAACUCUUGAACUCUGAACCCUUCAGCUCCUAUUGUUUGUUCUUUUAUUUUGAAAACUUUUGUUAACUUUAUUUUUGUAUUUGUGGUGCAGAUCAACUUCAUGGUUAGAGGUUUGCUAAUCAAUUCCAAACUUUUGUGAUGUAUAAAGUUCCAUGUCUUAGAUACAUUUUACUUUUCAAGAAAUAUUAACUGUUCCCUGUGAAUAACCGCUUAUGUGACAGUAUACAGAAGUACAAGGAAUGUUUUUUUUCUUUUUCAAGACUAUGUCAAUAUAUAGCAUCUAUAUAUAUAUUGAGUGGUUGUAUAAUGAGUUUGUGUUAAAGAGCUAAAGCGAGUAAGGUAGGCAGCUUUAUAUUUGGUAAGUAGGCACUUGUUUUGAGGCGCUUUAUUGGCAACAGUUUAUUUUAACCAUUAAAUAAGUAGGGUUUGUUUUUAAUUUUUUUGUUUAAAAAUUAAACUACAAAGAUUUACUUUCUUAUAUUGCAUCCAUCGGCAUUCGCAAGACAAUAAAGCUGUUACAAGAUUUUUAAAGUAGACAA